CGGCGCCGGCUGCGGGCAAGGGGGGCAGGGUAGGAGAGCACCGGCCGCCCUUGCCGCCCGGCAUGCUGCGGCUCCUGCUCCUGGUGGCCGGCCUGGCGACGGUCCUCAGGGCCGCGAAUAUAUCCCAGAGGACUUUUGGGAUUGAUUAUGGCUGCAACUGCUUUGUCAAGGAUGGACGCCCUUUCCGUUACAUCUCCGGUAGCAUUCACUACUCACGGAUUCCCCGGUAUUACUGGAAGGACCGUCUCUUGAAGAUGAAGAUGGCAGGGCUGGAUGCAAUUCAAACGUAUGUGCCAUGGAACUACCAUGAACCCCAGAUGGGUGUGUAUGAUUUCUCUGGUGACAGAGAUCUGGAGGAUUUUCUGCAGCUUGCUGAUGAAACUGGCUUGCUGGUGAUCCUGAGAGCUGGACCUUACAUCUGUGCAGAAUGGGAUAUGGGAGGUCUUCCAGCAUGGCUGUUGGAGAAAGAAUCUAUUGUUCUCAGGUCUUCUGAUUCAGAUUACCUGGCAGCAGUAGAGAAAUGGAUGAGUGUCCUUUUGCCAAGGAUGAAGCCUCACCUCUAUCAAAAUGGAGGUCCAGUCAUCAUGGUGCAGGUAGAGAAUGAGUAUGGAAGCUACUUUGCUUGCGACUACGAUUAUCUGCGUUCCCUUCAGAAACUCUUUCGCCAGCAUCUUGGGGAUGAGGUGGUACUGUUCACAACUGAUGGUGCAAGCCAGCUUUACUUGAGAUGUGGAGCUCUUCAGGGUUUUUACGCAACAGUGGACUUUGCCCCAGGUGGCAAUGUCACAGCAGCAUUCUUAGCUCAAAGGAGCAGUGAACCUACAGGCCCUUUGGUUAAUUCUGAGUUUUAUACUGGAUGGUUGGAUCACUGGGGGCACCGUCAUUCUGUUGUGCCUGCACAAACCAUAGCUAAAACACUUAAUGAAAUCCUGGCAUGUGGCGCUAAUGUUAACCUGUACAUGUUUAUAGGUGGAACUAACUUUGCCUAUUGGAAUGGUGCCAAUAUGCCUUAUAUGCCACAGCCCACUAGUUAUGACUAUGAUGCUCCGCUGAGUGAAGCAGGGGAUCUGACUGAAAAAUAUUUUGCCUUGAGGGAAGUCAUUGGUAUGUAUAACCAGUUACCAGAAGGUCUUAUCCCUCCAACAACAUCCAAAUUUGCAUACGGGAAGGUUCACUUGCAAAAGGUGGGCACUGUGGUGGAGUUUCUUGACAGGUUGUCACCUGCUGGACCAGUGAAAAGCACUUACCCACUAACCUUUGUUCAGCUAAAGCAGUAUUUUGGGUUUGUACUGUACAGAACUAAGCUUCCAAAAAACUGUACGGAGCCAACACAACUGUCUUCACCUUUAAAUGGAGUCCAUGAUCGUGCUUAUGUCUCCGUGGAUGGGGUUCUUCAAGGCAUCCUUGAAAGGGAUAAAUCGCUAAUGAUAAAUAUAACUGGGAAGGCUGGAGCAAAAAUGGAUAUCUUGGUAGAGAAUAUGGGCCGAGUCAACUAUGGUAGAUACAAUAAUGACUUCAAGGGUCUAGUUUCAAAUUUAACUCUUGAUCAAGAUAUACUGGUUGAAUGGGAAAUCUAUCCUCUAGACAUAGAUGGAGCAGUGAACCAUUCCAUUCAUGGCUACCCUGACCGACCAAAGAGAUCUGUUGGCAAUCCACUGAGUUAUGAAACACCUACUUUUUACACCGGUAGACUUUUAAUUCCUGGUGGGAUUCCAGACUUGCCACAAGACACCUAUGUCAACUUUCCUGGCUGGACAAAGUCAUCUGCAAACAGGAUCCUUGCUCUCUGGUGUUUUAAGACAGACAACACCCUCUACACCGGUGAAGAACAUAAUGUAUUGGCAUUACCUCCUCAUCUUCAUCCAUUUACCUCCAGAUACCCUUCAUAUUAACCCACAGCCCUCCUCACACAACCUGGAUGCAGACUGGAACCUUCCUGAUUGGGAUCUCUCAGAUUUGGCUAUCAGAAAGGGCACAGUGUGGGCAGCUCUGAUCUGGAGUCUUCUUCACUGAGCUGAAAUGCAAAUCCUCCCCAAGGAGAGCUGGAUGUGCCCUGAGAUUCUGUCAAAAACGUGCACCGUGUUCAUAUGGCUGAGCUCUUGCUCUGUGCCAUAAUUCCCUUAGCUAUAAGAUGGCAGCUUUUUUUUUUUUUUUUUUUUUUUUUAAUGGACCCAUGUUGUGUAAGAGAAGGAAUUACUGUUUUCAGCGGAGAUAUCACAUGCUACUAUUUCUGAGAGUUCAAAGGAGGACCAGAAACUAAUGAAGAGAAAACCUUUGAUCUGGGACACUGAGCAUGGCUUGUGAGCAGCCUUCUUUUGAGCUGAGCAUAUGAAGGAUCUGUGGAUAGUUAUGUUCCUCCAAGGGAAAGAGUAUAGCAGCAUUUGGCAGUUGUGCCUGUGCUCUGUCAAGGAGUUGGGAAAGGAGCUGGAUUUUGCCAUUCUGAAACAGAUAAAGGGCUUUUCCACUUUUGAGCCUUGUUUUUGCAAGAGAUGUCUUUGACUUGAUUACUGUCCUGUAAGAUUGGAUUUUGUUCACUUUAUUUUUCUGAUGGAUGUUGCCUCUGAACGACUGUGAAAAAGAAAAUCUUCCUGCAAGCAUCUAACUUGGUGUGUACCCACUUGAUAGUGCUUGCUCUAUCCAGGGUGAUUCUCUAUGACUGCCAGUGACACUGGCAUACAUCAUUGCUGUGUUACAGUAAGAUUACUGGAAAUGUGAUCAGUACUACACCACCUUUGGGUGAUUUUAUCAGAUAUGUGAAUGCAAGGAAUCUCAUUGCAAUCAUAUUGACUAUUAAUUUCCAGUCUUCUGCUUAAAAACUUAUUUCAUGGCUGGAGUAGUACAGUCAACUUUCCUGUUGAGCUCUUUGUAGGCAUUGCCCUUAAACAUUUCAGUGGUCAUUUUGACUGAACGGCUCUUGAUUUCUAACUGUAAAUCAAGUCAAAUGGAAAUAUUUGCAUAAGGUCUGGGACUUGAUGAGGCUGGUCUCAGGCCAUGUUAAGAGAGAAAUUCUAGAUAAAAACAGGAAACUGUUAUGAGCUCCUGGAGGAAAAUGUGUGAGUGUAGAUCACUGGAAGCAUCCUGGUAGCAGGGGAGCAUUGUAGCGCCUGUUGAAUUGCACUGUCCUUCAGACCAGGUGUCCAGACCUGUUGCUAGAACAGAGGCAAGCAGCAGUAGCAUAGGAAGGAGAGUAGUGAUCUCUCAGUUUCUUUCCAGGGAUGGCUCUCAGACCGAGCGGAGCAGCCUUCCAUGAUGCCUGUUCUGCACAAUCAAAAGGGAUGAAACCAUGCUCAGGAGAAAAAGCUAGUAAGUGUAAUUCAGCUGUAUGUUUAGGGAAUGACUGCACUGACCUAUGUGUUGUAUGAAAACAAACCUACCAAGAUGUUUUUUAACCUUUUCAUUGUUAUUUAUAUUUGAUGUCAUGAAGCUGAUUUUUUUUUCUCUCAUUUGCACUUUUGUGGCAGCUUUACGUCCUCUCUUCAGUUGCUCUGAGUGGCCUUCCGAGGAACCCUGAUGUAAAAAUGUGGGUUUAGGAAUGAGUCAGCUUUGCUUCACUCAAAUAUCUAUCCAUUUUCUUUCAUGGUUCAAUAGGUCUGUAUGUACCAUCUUUCAUCGCUUGGAAACUCUUGUUCAGCUAAAAUGACACCUUUGGUCAAAUGACAUUUUGAAAAUCCCUGCUUUAUUUUUGUCUGUAUUCAUACUGUUAUCUCAUCCUUUCUCACUGGCAGAUUUCAAAGCCCUCUUUCAAAAGAGGAGUGGCAUUAUCCACAGCAGGUCGGUGCCUGGCAGGGAGGAGGGUUUGUUGCAGGUGAUGGAGAGGAGACAACUACCCAGUUUUGGUGAGCCUCAGUCCCAGGCUAUGGAUUCCUGUGCCCACCACUUAAUGGUGAGGUCCCCCUUGUACCUGAUUCAGGAAACCUGUCCAGAGCAAAGCUUUCAACUUUGUUGUUCUCACACAGCUGUGAAGUAGCUGUGAGUAUUACUGGGAGGACUGGAAGAAGUUCAGUGGGCAGAGAAAUGAGAGAGCAAUGUUCAUCAGGAGGAAUCUCUGCCUGCACUGGGCACUCUGUGCACCAAGCACACGUGUACGGGGUGUGGACACAAAGCCCGGCAGUAACUAGCUUUUGAGUUUUGUGCGGAAAAAGGGCUUUACACUAGCACAAUUUAAAGUGAUGCUGUGCAUCUGCUGGGUGCGGCCUGUUAAUUCCACACAUGAAUGGACACAGCAUCCUCCCCCACCACAGGGUAUGCGCCCAGAGCCAGACCAGCCUGCGAGCUGCUGGCCAUCUGGUUGCCAUUCCUCAGUGCCAGUCUUAGCUCCAGACCCUUCUUAUCUUGUGCUUUCCAAGAGCCUACUAUGGGUUGUUUUUUGCUUCCUGACCAUCAUUUUUGUUGGGCCAGCACAGGCAGCCUUUCACCUAGUCUGGAAAGCCAGGUCUCUCGCCAGUUCCAGGUUUAUCUGUAAGACCUCUUUGAUCUUAUUGACCAGAAGGGUCACAGAGUAGGACCAAGAAAAAAACAAACAAACAAAAACAACAUCAACAACAACAAAAAAACAUGAUAUGCUCUCUUGCUUCCAAUUUAGUCUAGGCACUUGGUUGAUGAAUAGCUCAGCAAAUCAUGGUGCCCGUGUCAGCAGUGUCACAUCUGUGAGGUCGAUAUGCCGUGCUGGCUUGGAAGUGAUGUGUUGUGGGGUUCAGUGACAUCUGUGAGACUUUCCAGCACCUGAUACUUGCAAUUUGUCUUGCUCUUCCUUUCCAAAAUAGGUAAUAGAGGGGUUAACCCACCCCUUGAGGCAGUUUUCAUAUGUGAUUUACUCAGUGACUUGUAAAGUGUUGAAUAGUAAGAAUUAAAAUUCUUUUUUGUGGCAAGAAUAUACUUUUUUUAGUAUUGUAAUGCCUUCCACAGCAUUAUCUGCAUUAAUGCAAGUCCUUGCUUGGAGCGGUCGGCAUCAGUGAGCUGCUGAUGGUAACGCAUUCCCAAAGUGAAUUAUGAAAGGUAUGUGUGUGCAUGAGUAUUUAAGAGUGCUGUUUUUUAUUUUCAGUCUGUCUGUUGUAUCAUGAGAGAGUUCCCAUGAAGGUGAGCUUGCAUUUAUGUUUCUAAUUUAGGGUGAUCAGGACAGACGCACUAUAGUAUUUUUACAUUUCUGCAGCUCUUUGCUCAUGUAUUUUAAUGUUUUGUCUGCUAUUUGUAGCCAUGUCUGAAUGCUGGGUGGGCGCCUUGUUAUUGAUGGCCUAACCAAGACAAAAGUCUUUCAGCUGAGUAGUUGUCGUGUAGCAAAGAAGAUGCAUCAGAAAUAUUUUCCAGUAUAGGUUUUUCAACUCUUACUUUUUCUACUACCACAAUACUGAUUUUUCCUUUUGAAAAAAAAAAAUUGUGCCAAAAUCU